AUUAUCGCCCCUAUGUUUUCUGUUUCUAUGUUCGGCUAUUGUAUCAAUGUUUGAUUUAAAGUACUUCAUGUACGUAAAACAAUAAUUGUAGAAUACAAACAUGCCUUUAGUUUGACAACUGACCAAACAACAGACCAUAUGGAAACAGUUUUAAUCCAGUAAAUAGAGGCCUCGAAACUAUAGAAAUAAGAAAGGUCCAGAUAUACACAAUAACUCUGACAAGUAAGAAAUGUAUAUGUACCAGCAUGACAAGAGUGAUUAGAAAAACACAGAAAUGAAUAAAACCUCUAGUAUUGAAAAGAUAGAUGGGUGUUCUUUUAUCUCCCCUAACCAGAUAUCAAGCAAAAUAGAGAUGUAUAUAUCAGAUAUAUACCAACAAGACGGGAAUGGACAAGAAAAAACAGAGACAGAUGAAAUGUAUAAUGAUGAAACUUUAGAGGGAUCAAAUGAUAUAUCUUCUGACCAGGUCAUAGACGGGUUAGAUGUGUGCCACAGUAGACAGCAAACUACAGGAUCAGUAAUCUCCCUUGAUAAGAAUUCUCAUAAAGAUCAUUUAGGCAAUUUACAGAAUUACAGGAUAACUAAUUCUAAUGAAAAACCUUAUGAAUGCGGUGUAUGUGGUAAAGGGUAUAAGUAUAGUAAGGACUUGUAUGGACACAUCAGAAAACAUACAGGUGAUAAUCCCUUUCCAUGUGAUGUAUGUGGUAAAGGGUUUCGUAUGAAUAGAGACUUAAAGAGACACAGGAUCAUACACAGUGGUGAAAAACCGUUUAAAUGUGAUGUAUGUGGUAAAGAGUUUAGUGAGAUAGGAAGUGUGUAUAAACAUAGGAAAACGAUACAUUUUGGAGAUAAACCAUAUAAAUGUGAUAUGUGUGGUCAAAAGUUUAGCCAGACUUCUAACUUACGGAGGCACAUAAGAACACAUACUGGAGAAAAACCCCACAAGUGUGAUGUGUGUGGUAAAAGAUUCAAUGGGAGUCAGGACUUACAGAGACACAUGAGAACCCAUACGGGUGAAAAACCUUAUAAAUGUACCGUAUGCGAUAAAGCCUUCAGUGACAUUGGAAAUUUAAACCAACAUAAGAGAACGGUACAUAUUGGGGAUAAACCAUAUAAAUGUGAUAUAUGUGGGCAAGAGUUUAGUCAAAAUUCUAAUUUACGGAGGCAUAUAAGAACACAUACUGGUGACAAACCUCACAAGUGUGAUGUGUGUGGUAAAAGUUUAAGUGGGAGUCAGGAAUUACAGAGACACAUGAAGAUACAUACUGGGGAAAAACCUUAUACAUGUGAUGAAUGUGGUAAAGGAUUUAUUCAAGCUAGUCAAUUAAAAAAUCACAAAACAAAGCACUCAGGAGACGACAUUAAAGAUCAAAUGAAUGUUAUGCCUGUGGGAAAAGGUUAAGUUUCAAUUCACAAAUGAGAUAUUGACGAUAAACAUGAUAAAUUUCAUAACCAUGAUACCCUGAUUGAUGUUGUAUUAAAGGUUUUGUGUACCAACAAACACAUGAGAGCACACAUUCGUGAUAAACUAUAUAGAUAAUAUGUAUUUUAAUUGUUUUUCUUGGUUUUUAGACAACUUACAUAUAUACAACAUGUACGUGAUGACAACUGGUGGCAGUUAGUAGAUACAAGAAGAUGUGGUAUGAGUGUCAAUGAAACGAUUCUCUAUGCAUCCAAGCCACAAUUAUAAAAGUAAACCAUUAUAGGUCAAAGUAUGUUCUUAGCCUUAGCUCGAACCGAACAUCAAGCUAUAAAGGUCUAAAAAAUUACUAGUUUUCUGCUCUAUGGUCGGGUAGUUGUUGCUUUGACACAUUCCCCUUUUCCAUUCUCAAUUUUAUCAUGUUUAUAGUGGAAAACCAUUCAAAUGGGAAAGCUUUAUAAUUUUGGCAUUAUGUAAAGGGUUCGCCAUGUUCACGGGAUGACCCAAUGAUAAAACAUCUAAUUACACGUUCAUACAGUUUGACAUGUCUUACUUAUUUAGAUAUAGGAAGAAGUGGUAUGAGUGCCAAUGAGCAGACGUGACACCUCUCCAUCAAAGUCACAAUCUAUACAAGUUAACCAAUUAAAUGCAUUAUAGGCCAAGGUAUGGGCUUCAACACGUAGCAUUGGCCCUCAGUGAACAGCAAUGAUGAACAAUUAUCAACUUAAUUGUCGGUUAUAUUACAUGCAAUUGUAAACAGCCACCAUGAUGUUACACAGACAUGACAAACUUUACAUAUAAUUAUGAUAACUUAAUUGUAGUCCUGAAAUAAAUUGUAAUAUUCAAAAUUCAUGAUAUAAUCAACUUAUCAAAAAGUAAAUCUAUUGUAGUAUGAAUUCUAGUGCAUGUAUUGUUUCAAGAACUCUAUUCUUUGUAUUCAUUUUUGGGAAUUGUAUUGUUGUUUUUUUCAAACAAUAAUUGUCAUGAUGAGAAAUUUUAUUUUUUCAUUCUCUUGAUCAUGUACAUAUAUGUAAUAAUUGCCUGAGAUAGAUUAAGAUGUACUUUCAGAUAAAGAUAUACCUGGACAGGUGUUGUUUAAUUUAUAAUUAAAGGGUCACAUUAGUUUGAAAUGUAAAAUUAUAAAUAGAUAUAAGAAAAUGUAAUAUGAGCAUGAUGAUUGCCAAAGAGACAACUCUCAAGUCACAAUUUUAAAAGUUAACCACUAUAUGUAAAAGUACGUUCUUGAUCACAACGAUUUGGCUCACACCGAACAGCCAGCUACCAAGGGUACCAAAAUGACUUAAUUCAAAACCAAGGGUUUCAUAGGACUGUCACUUUAUUUCACAUGCUUGAACCAAAUAAACAAAAUUGUUAUAUAAGCUUGAAAUUGCAGAUUUCAACAUAGAAAAUAAUGGGCUCUGAAUUCUUGAUUUUUGUCCUACAGAGUUGUGUUUUAGACUUAUAUGAUCACACUGGAUUAUAUUUUGAAGAAAAAAAGUAACGAUUAUAUUAACACGGUUAGUUUUAUGACCAAGAUGUCUGAGAUGACACAUAAAUUAUUAUUAGAUAAAACAAUAACAAUUUUUUAUUAGUACGUAGUUCAAUGGCCUAAAAGCG